AUGCCAGAGUUUGCCUACGAGAUUCGGGCUUUGGUUGAGGACCAGCCAGGUCCAAUUUUGUCUCUUGCAUGUCUGGUAGACAAAAUACAGGUGGAUCAAGUUGCCUCCACUGCAGUUGCUCCUUGUUCAGCAAGGAGGAAGAAGCACACCAGCAAGAGAUAUUCGUGUUCAGGGAAUGCUUUCUCCUGGGAUACCAGAUGGAUUUGGCUCUCCGGCCUCCAAUUGGAGGGGAACAAGCAAGGCAUAUAUGUUUUGUACCCCCAAUGCAAACAAUGUGAGAAGCGUUAUACUAGAUUAUGGUAUCUAAAAGAGCACAUGCUUGUACAUACAGAGGUGAAACCAUUUCAGUGCAAAAAAUGCGAAAAGUGUUUUACUCGCUCUAGCUAUCUAAAAGAGCAUAUGCUUUGCAAACAAUGUGAGAAGUGUUUUACUCGGUCGGAGCAUCUGAAGGAGCACAUGCGUACACAUACAGGAUUGAAGCCAUUUCAAUGCAAGCAAUGUGAGAAGCGUUUUACUCAGUCGUGGAAUCUAAAACAGCACAUGCUCACACAUACAGGAUUGAAGCCAUUUCAGUGCAAACAAUGCAAGAAAAGCUUCACUUUUUCUGGUGGUCUAAAAUAUCACAUGCUUACACAUACAGGA